AUGUUGGAAUUUACAAUGCGUCAUCCACUUGAACGCGCAAGACUCAACUCCUGGAAAAAACCCAACUUUACUCCGAUUGAAGCGGGAGUGUGGUGUUCCAACUCUUAUUUGUUCCAGAAGGUAAUGAGCGAUGUGGAAGAUAAUAGGUUAUGUACCUAUAUAUAUUCCGUGUCAUGUUCUCUAGUAGCUGAGAUAUUAAUGAUUUUUGGUUAUUCCAAUAAUGCGUGGCUAGUGCUGGCGGAUCCUGAUUCCUCCAAACAGUUCUUGAGAGGACUGAAUGAUGAUUGCUUCAAGUCUGACACCAUACAGUGUGUACCUUGGACUACUCAUUCGACAGACCAUACCCCUUUUCCAGAUCCGUUUCAAAACGUCACUUCUCCGAAUGCAGCAAUGUAUAUAGCGCUAUAUACAGCACGUACUCUUCUCAUCAUUCAGUUUCUGUGGUUUACAUUUUGUAUUGUAUGUUGCUGCAACGUCAAGGCGGAGCAAUUAGCAAGACAACAUGAGCGACGAGUUGUGUACUUUUGUGCUGCAGGAGUGCUUCUCUUUGCACUCCUGUUUCUGAUCAUUGUCAUCACACGCUUUACGGGUAGCCUUAUGUCAUCUACUCCGCAAAACUUCGAGAGAGGCUUAGGAAGUGGAUUUUGGUUAUUUGCUGGAGGAGGAACUUUCUUCUUUAUCCUCAGCGUUUUCUUCGCGUUUCGAGAACACAUAUCCACGUUUCUCUUAAAAUUUCGCUCACAUCAGUCACUGCCGCACAAUGAGAUGGUGUCAAUGCCAACGUAGUCCAGUAUUUUAUGCUUAUGUAUACUUGAUUCUCAUCACAUAAUCCCUCUCAGGUUGUUAUCUCUGCGAUUUUGUUGCUUGAUGAAUUUUAUGUACCUUUUAUGAAAAGCUUAUGACUUCUUCUUGAACCGUGUGUACAAGGUUGUAAAACUUACAACGGUGCUGCUUUAUCUGUACAGAACUAUCUUUAACAACAUCAAAUUCUUAGGAUAUGAGCGAAGCUUUUGUUAGUGAUUUAGAUUUUUAUGUCAUUGUAUAGAAUUUCUCAGCAUACUUGCAAAGCUGCCUAUGGACAUAAAGUUGAUUACCGCU